AUCGAGCUUGAUAUUGACCCCGAUGAUAAGAUCUCUCGCAUCAAGGAGAAAGUAGAAGAACAAUCUGGCGUUCCUCCGCCACAACAAAGGGUGGAUGAUAAGACAGCGGCAGAAUUGAACAUUGUGGCUGGGAGUACCCUUCACUUGGUCCUUGCCUUGAGAG